CUCUCUUUCUACCGUACCGUACGAACGAGCACAACUUGUACCAACGUAAACAACUACUACUACUAUCACGACGUUCUCGUGCCGUAGCUUUGAAAAAAGAUCUUUUUUCGUACGGCACAUGGUACGAGUACAAUACGAGCAGUUAGGAUAGAGGAUUUCGGAUUUUGAGUUCUGCUUUUCAUUUUGAGCUAUCGAUACCGACAUCGAUCGUAAUAUCGAUAUGGAUCGCAAUAUCGAUGGCGAUAUGGAUCGCGGUGGUGAGAACGAUAGUGAUCGCAAUGACGACGACGAGGGCGACGACGAUGAUGAGGACAACUGGAGCCGGCAGGUAGAAACGGAUGAGAUCCUGCAGCGAGUGCCCUCCUCGGUGACCGGGGGAGAGACGGCCACGACCGACGGUGACGAGCACCACCACCACCACCACCAUAGUGAGGGGGACGCACUCCUCCCCCAGCCGCGGCCGCAGCCGACGAUGAAGGAGAAGCUGGUGGAGCGAGAACGCCAACGACGGGUUGAGUCCGAGCGGGCCCGCUGGAAGCGGCAGUUUGCAAUGGCGGCCCACGCGGAGUUGGAGCAGGAAAGGGAGGAGCACCCGGGAGGUUCGGGGAGCGGGGGGGAAAGCCCCCGGGGGRGCGCUUCCGUUUCUGGAGAACGCCCGACGGAAGAUCCCGAUCGCUCCUUCGCCAAGGGCCCCAACAGCGUGGCCGGAACGGUGGGGGAGGACACAGUAGCACCAAUCGAGACGCUUGAGGAGGAAGCAGAGGCCGCAAACAUGAACUACCCGAUGGAGCGUUUUCUCAAGGAGCAGCAGCAGGGAAAGGGGAUGBAGCACCACGGAGGCGGCGGAAGCAUCGACAUCGGAGGUGAGAAUCCGUUGCUCGGAAACCAACAGGAAGCGACGAGCCAGGUGGUCAUGGAAAGAUUCCUGCAGGAACCGCCCUCUGCCGCGGCGGGUCCCUACGGAGGGGGGAUCGCCGGAAGCUCUCCACCGUCAUCGCCGGCGGCCACGCAGCGCAUGGGCGAUGCCCUUGUCGAUGCUGCCAUCCCGGCCCACCACGGGAUCGGCGAAGCCUCUUCCGAAGAUGCUCUGGUGGUCGAGCCGAUGCCCGGAGACCACCCCUUCCAGAGUCCCUCCCAACAACCGCGGGUCGUCCUCAGGCUAACCGAGGCGGAGAUCCAGGAAAUGGCCGCCAUCGACGACGCCAGUCGUUCCAAUGCCCCCCCAUCCGAGCGGGACGACAUGUCGGAGCUGGGAGAACUGGUGUCCGGCUUCGGUCUGGUUCACCUCGACAACCAGAACAUGUCCCARGGCACCCCGGUCACGGCAAUGGAAUCCGUCACCUCUUCCAUGGGAAACCCCGUCUUGGACGGGUCCUCCUCCGGCCACGGCGGAAUCGACGGAAUCGAGGGCCAUUCAGUGUCUUCGAACGUCGUGGCCUCCAGUGCCGGAGGCGACGUCAGCCUAACGGGGAAUCCACCCAGCGACAUUGCAAGGGACGACGACGAUGAUGACGACGACGAUGCAACCAGAGGAAUGUGUUCACCCCGGUCCCCCCGGGUUCCCACCGAGAUUCUCCCCGGGCCGCAUCCGAGCGUCGGCAGACCGAUGCCCUCGCUGGUAACGAGUCCCGUUGCCGGUGCCACCGAACCACUCCCCGGUGCCCGGCUUGGAUUGAUCGCCCCGGACGAAACCAUCGUCAACCGCAGGGUGCGCCCGGGCAUGUUCGGCUACAAGGAGCCACAGCACCGGCAGCACCAUCAGCAAGAGGGUCCGRUUGCACUCAAGAGCCGACCCGAAGCACCCCUUUCCACCCCGGAGAAGAUACCGGCAACCCGCGGCGAAACCGACAACAAAAACAUCGACGGGUUCGACUUUGACAAGGACAGCUAUUCUCCUUCCAUCGGCAACGGGCAGAACGGUGUUGUCCUGGUUCGGAACGAGAUGUGGUCUCCYGGAUUGUCUACGGAUUGCGGCGGCGGGGCCAUCGCCGUCGACGACGGCYUCGAUGACAGCGAAGACGAUGACCACCGCCACACGAUUCCGAGCUACGGUGCCGCACCAGGGGCCCAUGGCAAUGACCAUGGCAUCGAAAGCCAGCGAUUCGGGUCCGGUGACGGCGGUGGCGAGGCCAGGCCCCUGCUGAAGGGCAUCCUACCUGUAGUGGACGUCCCGGUUCAACAGUCCCGGCGGUUUUCCUGGAACUCGUUCCGGUCAAUCCGGAACACCGACGACCUCAACUCGCUCGCCGAGAGCCUUUUUAGCGACAUCCGGUCCGAGAGCACCGCGACCCGGAUGUCCAUAUCCAACGAGGCCGAGGACUACCUGGCGUGCUCGGUCUUUCAGCGGGCCUUUCCCGAGCGUAUGUUUGCCCUCACGGUUACCCUCGUUUUUGAGAUGCCCACCCUCUUUAUGAUAUCGGGGGGAAGCGAUCGGCUCUGUGGCCUCAUCGGACGGACCCGGUACACGACACUGGUGGCCCUCCUCCCAAUAGUCAGUGCUGUCUCCGGGAACGUCGGCCUGCAGGCCAGCACGCUCACCACCCGAGCCAUCAGCCACGGACAGGUAAAGGUAGCCAAUUACACCAAUUGGCUGUUUAGAGAGGUGGGAGCCGCCCUCUAUCUCGGUACGCACUCUGCGCUCUAUUGCUGCUGGUCUUGGGCUUUCGCUGGCCUUUUAUGUUGCUUGUUGUUUGCUGUCUUUGUGGAUGCGAUACGCAACCAUUUGCACAAGCCCAGGACUAAGGCAGGGCAAUCCCUCACACACAUUCGAUUGUUUGUCCCCGACUGUAUGCGUUCAUGUCUCCUCAUUUUUUGGUUGCUCGUGCGUUGCGUUGUGUUUCGUUUCGCUUCGCUCCGACAGGCCUAGGGAAUGGGGUGGUCACUGGGUUUAUCGCCUUCUUGAUGGGUGGCUUCAGCGUACCCUUUGCCCUCUCCAUCGCGAGCGCCCAGUUCAUCGGCAUCGUGACGGCGGGCUGCACCGGGACCCUGGCCCCCCUGCUCUUCACCUUUAUCUUCGAGAAGGAUUCGGGAAAGUGGGGCGGGCCGCUGGAAACCGCGGUCCAGGACGUCGUGGGGUCCUUUGCCAUGAUCGUGAUCAGCUACCGGAUCAUGCUGUGGUUCGGGCCCUACGAGAUCGAGCCGGAAGAUGCGUGCUCGGUGGUUCCGGCCGUGGACUGAGUCUGGGCCUCUGGUCCAGCUGGACUACCYACGAGCUUCAAGAGUCGAAACCCCAACCUUCCAGGGACUACGAAAAAAAACAAAGAAACCCCGCAACAGCGACGUGCACGAAAAAAAAAAAAGGAACCGCGGCCUCCUAUGGUGGACGAAGGCGGGGUUUGGAAUCGAAUGGAGUAGAAUCAGUCGAUCAAUCAAUAUAAUUUGUGUUCACAGUACCAUUAGCUUAAACCGAUCCGUGGUAUCGAUCUACGAAAUAACUUAAUUCAUUUUAGUGGAUUGCGGAGAUUUAUUGUGCACGGCAUGCAUGCAUGCACCGAUCGAUCCCAUGGGUUCGUUCGCUUCUUUCCCAUUGUCGCACCGCAUGCCACCCGCUGCGCGUUCGUUCGAAGCGUUCUGUGCGUAUUGCUGUGUACAUUUGCCAUGUGCGGCGUGACCGGUGCUACAUCAUGCUGUUUGCCUGCCGUUGUUCCAGGGCUUGCUGCACCUGGUUUCGGAUCUCCAGGUAUUGGUCCUGGCACGAGGCGAGGCAUCUCUGUUCCCCGCUGUCCAAUCGGUCGC